UUGAUUACUUAUUGAUUAUUUUGGCAGGUUAGUGCAAAACACAUUUGAGGAUCUGGAAGACAGUGGAUGCAUCAAGAUGAAUGAAGACAAUGUAGAGCCAACGAUGCUGGGUUCAAUAGCAUCCCAGUAUUAUUUUAGCUACAUGACUGUAUCAAUGUUUGGUUCGAACCUAGGAUCAUCAGAUACAUCGCUUGAAAUCGUCUUGCAUAUCCUAUCUGCUGCUUCCGAAUAUAAUGUACUUCCUGUGCGGCAUAACGAGUGGGUGGAUUUCAAGCUCAAUUACUUGCAUGCAUCUUCUGCAAAUGGUCAUGCAGGUAUUCUUCUUAGUUACAAUUCUGACUUCUUAGUAGUA